AUGAAUGGCAAUUUGCAUUUUUUUUUUUCAGUGUUGUGCCUUUACGUGAAGAAUUAUUCGUUUGUUUACGUGACGGAUGGUUACAUCGAAUAUCCUGGGAUGGUGUCGUUGACCAGAAUUUUUCCUUUCACUUAUCCAAAGUACCAUUUGCUGUCGACCAACUACAAUCGAAAAGUAAGUUACUUACUGCAAACACUAUGA